AUAGUAUUUUGAUACAGCUGGGCAACUUAAGCGAGAUUAAUGAAAGCCGAAUUGGUCUAAAGCCAGAUGUUUAUAAAAUUAUCGCUAAAUAUCGCUGAUUUUAUAAUAAACUAGAUAGUAACUAUGGGUUGCAAUGAUGUCGAUUCAAUUUCAAAACUGGAAAAGGACCUUGCUCUUUUAAAGGAAGAAUAUAACAAACUUCAGCGCAGCUAUGUGGAAUUGGAGCGGAAAUAUAAUGAAGCUAUUGUGUCGACUUCAGAUCUGGAGUCUUCAGGAGAAUUUAGCAGUUUUGUAUCAAGAUUGGCACUGACGACGGCCUCUUUAUAUGGACGCUCCAUAUAUUCCGAUCUGAACAUUAAGACCAAUUCCAAUGGGACAAUAAUGCCGGCCCACAAAUUCGUACUCCAUGCCCGGUCGGACAAAUGGCGUAACGAGGCAUUAGCCACUGCCAAAGAAUUAGAUUGGAGCGAUUUGGAUGAGGAUAUAGCCACAGCGUUGCUACGCUGGAUUUAUACAGAUAUUAUUGACUUGCAGCAUGAUCGAUUGACCUUGGGUCUGCUGAGAGUGGCGCACCGUUUUUCCUUACCUGGACUGCUCGGGCUCUGUGAGAGAGCUCUGGUGGCUUCUGUGGGCGUACGAUCUUGUGUGCGAUUCUAUUGUGUGGCCGAAGAAGUGGGCGCAGCUAGCCUACUUGAGUAUUGCUCCGGCAUUAUAUCGACGCACUGGGAUGAUCUAACUGCACAGGAUUUCGAACACAUGUCUGGACCGCUUCUCUACAAAAUGCUCAAAAACAAAACCAAAUAUCCUCUACACUCAGCCGUCCGACUUUUGCGCGAAGAUGUUGUUUGCUUGUGCCUUGCGGAGAACAGUAAUUCGUUGCCCGAACUGGUGAAUAGUUUGUCUGAGCAUGGACAGCUACCACUGCAGAUGGCAUUGUCGGCGAAAAGUGUUCAAAUUGCCCAGACUCUGGUUAAUAAUGGAUCUGCGAAUGUGAAUGCCUAUGAUGCCAAGGGAUCUACGCUUCUUAUAGAUGCUGUAAAAAAAGCCGAUAGUUUUGCAGCAGACUUUCUAUUAAAUCACAACUGCCUUGUUGAUCUUGUGUCCAGGUCGUCAUCCGAUACAGCACUCCACAUUGUAUGCAGCUAUGGCGAAACUAACGAAAAUCAUGAAAAUGUAUCCCACAUGAUUGAUAUCGGCAAGAAAAUAUUACAGCGCAAGGCUAAUGUAAACCUUCAAAAUAGCCAAGGACAAACGCCGCUGCAUAUUGCAAUCAUAUCUCAAAAUAAGGCUAUGGUGGAGCUAUUACUUGAUGUGCCCGAUAUUGACAUUAACUUGCGUAGCAAUGAUGAGAAAUGUCCUCUUGAAUUGACGUUGGUUCCAUUCAAUAAGGAGCUUGCUGCUAAACUCCUCAAGAUGGGAGCCAACCCGAAUCCAUUGAAAUCUGGGACAAAUAACAACCUGCUGCAAGUGCUUGCCAUGGGUGGGAGAGAAUUUGAAGAGGCUGCUAUAUUUUUGACUGACUUUGCUGACCUUGAGCACCUUAACAACGCUGGCUUUUCUGCCAUCCACAUCGCUGUCCAAAAGAACAUGCCGAAAUUUGUGGCGAAACUUCUUGAUGCUGGCGCUGCUCCCAAUAUACAAACGACUUCCGGCAAUAUGAAGUCACCCCUACACAUAGCUGUGGAACAAAAUGCUCAAGAGAUUCUUGAGACAUUUGUUAACUUCAGCAAAAGCCACUCUGAAAAAGUCGAUUUCAACUGCAAAGAUGAAAGUGGCAAUACGCCUUUAAGCUUAUGCUUAGCCCUUAAUCGCAUUGAAUUAGCUCCAAUACUUAUCGCUGGCGGCGCUGAUGUGAAUGCGCGCAAUGGACAGGACUUGACUUUGUUGCAUCAAUCUAUAAUCAGCGGCGACAGCGAGAAGGCAGUUUUCCUACUGGACCAAGGCGCCGAAAUUAAUGCGCUUACAGGUGAUCAAAAGUCUGUCCUUCAACUGGCUAUCGAUUCCCAUCUGCCCAAGGUUGUUGACGUGUUAUGCAUUAAGGGCGUGGACCUUAGCACCUUGGACAGUUCAAGAGAUUCACCUUUAUGGACUGCUCUAGAAUUGGGAUUUGAGGAUGUUGCGCAAAUUCUAGUUCGCCAUGGCGUUGACACCGAUUGCUGGAGCCAAGGACCUGAGGGCUGCCAGCAGACACUGUUGCACCGGGCCAUCGAUGAAAACAAGGAGGCCACAGCAAUUUUUCUCGUUCGCAAUCAAUGCGACUUGGACUCUCCGCGCCAACCGGGUCCAAAUGAUGAGGGUGGUGACGAAGCUCGCGACAAAGCCUCUCCUUUGCAUCUCUGCUGUCAAUGGGGUCUGACAAAGGUUGUGCAGGCACUUAUUGAUCACGGCGCCAAUGUGAACGCUGUAGACGCUGAAAGCAAGACUCCAGCACACAUAGCUAUAGAAAACCAGCAUGAAGAUAUUAUAAAUAUCCUGUUGUGCCAUCCCGGAAUAGACCUGAAGUUGCGGGAUAAAUCCGGUCUGACGCCUUUUGCCACUGCUCUGGCCAUCCGCAAUCACAAAGCCGCUCAGCGCAUACUUGAGAGGCUGCCAAAUGCAGCCGAAAUAAUGGAUAAUCGUGGACGCAAUUUCCUGCACAUAGCUAUAUUAAAAGAUGACCUCGAAAGCGUUCUCUUUUUGUUGGCUAUUCAAGUAGACGUCAAUUCCCGCGUCCACGACGCCUAUCAGUCCACUCCACUUCAUCUAGCAGCUGCGUCGAAAAACGAAAUGAUUAUACGGAAUUUAAUACUGGCCGGCGCUCGCAUCAACGAACGUGAUGCUGUCCAGAAAAUGCCGCUUCAUAUAGCAAUCGAGCGCGGAAAUCUUGCGGCAGUUUCGGCGAUGAUCCAAAAUAAUGCCGACUUCGAUGCAACCGAUGCUGAUGGAAACAAUGCCUUGCACCUUGCGGUCCACGGGGGUCAGCUGGCGAUAGUCCGCGAGCUGCUGACCGAAUCGCGAGUAAAUGCGGAGGCAACCAAUGCGAGGGGCCGCAAUCCCUUGCAUGAGCUGUGUCGCGUUGGCGAAGACAAUUCCGGUGCUGCCAUAUGUGAACUGUUUCUUGAGUGCAUGCCGAAGUAUCCGAUUAACGUGCCCGACAUGGACGGCAACACACCACUGCUGCUCUCGUAUAUGCGAGGACAAGCUCCACUUUGUAAGGUUCUUGUAAAAGCGGGCGCGUGUCUUGGGGCUCAGAACCGAGAGGGAAUCAAUAUUUUCAAUUACAAACUAGCGACAGAUCAAUUGCUGACUAAAUUGUUGGACCAACUGCCUCAGGAGUCGCCGUGGGCAGAGUCUGAGCUGUGCCAAGAGUGUGGCUUAAAGUUUUCACUGACCAUAAGAAGGCACCAUUGUCGACACUGUGGAAGAGUUUUGUGCUCCAAGUGCUCCAACAACGAUGUACCGAUUGUCAAGUUUGGCAUUAACAAACCCGUAAGAGUCUGCAAGGUGUGCUUCGAUGUACUUCAUGGAGGCAGCUAAAAUGAUUAGCAAUAGUUUGUAGUUUGCUUUCGGAACAAUGAUAAGUGUUUGAUUUAAAAGGCAGUUUAUACCAACCGGACUAUAAGCAUCUUAGAGAUAUUAUAUUAUAUAUAAUACAUUAACGAAAACGAUUAUGAAAUCCUACACAUAUACAUAUAUACAUCUUUAUCCUGUAUAACUAAUAUGCUUUUUGUAUUAUUACUUAGUCAAGAAUUAAAGCUUGUUUCAGCGCACACUGUUAAUCAUAUGUAAAUAAUAAAUAAAUAUAAAUUGACAUUAAUAAGUAUAAGAAUUCAUGUUUUU